UUAUCUUUUGAAAAAAAAAAUAAAUUAUAUUUUAUUAUUUUUUAAAUAGAAGAGCAAGAGGUCUAAAUAAAAAAAAUAAAUAAGUUCCAGGAUUUUUAGGGUCUAACAUCAUAGCCCCCCAGUUCGAAAACGGAUAUCAUCUAUUUUAAAUAUUAUAUUCAAUAUAUUUCAACAAAACACAUCCCAUCAUCUAGAAUUAAUUCUUUCAACCACGAAAAAUUUUAAACAUGCAAUCCGGAAUUACUUAUAAAUGGGAAGGUAUCAAAUUCAGAGGGGACGCGGUGGGAGGAGCGUACGCCAUGAGUCGAGAGCAAGAUAUUCCGCCUUGGGUAAAACACAGCCCUUUAAAGUCUUCUAGGAGUGGUCUCAUCCUCAAUCCCAGUGGCCAAAAUUCUCCUUAUUAUAGUACCGACGAAGGCCUAUCCAUGGGAGGUACGAGUGGACCCAGCGGGCGCGCCAGGUCCGUGUCCCCCCAACGCUUUUUAGAAGGUCAGGGCGCUUAUCAACCCAGUAGACGAGGCGAAUAUUAUUUUUCCUCCAACCCGCCUCCCCCUCAACCGCAUUAUUAUCAUAAAUCCUUGCAGCAAUCUUUAUCCCCGACACAAUUUCAGCAAUCAUAUGGUUCGAACCAACGUCAAGGAGGACAAAGCGCGCAGCAGCAACAAUACCCCCAUCCUCCCGACCCGAAUCAAAGAUUCAUAGUGAUUGGUGGGAAUGAAGGGUCAACUUACCAACCCUCAUCGCCGCAAUAUCAGUCCAACCAGUUUCAACAACAACAAAAUCCAAAUCAAAAUCGAAGCAAAUAUUACUCACUCCAACAAGGUCAGAGUCAACAGUCUAGGUCGAUUUCUCCUUACCAACAGCAGGAACAGUCAUUCUCUGGGUACGAAUCUCAGAGUUCCAAUCCCGACAUCAACCAAACCGGUUAUCUCAGAAUUCACGCUCUGCCUAUCCCGCAAUUCAAUUAUAAGAGUGGCGUAAAUAUAGGAACGCUAUCGGAAUACGCCCAUCCCCCUGCUGAAAUUAGAGCCCCAAGCAAAGAAAGGAAUUUUAGCCCGCUAGGGAAGGUAUCUCCUGAUUGGUCAACAUCCAACAUUUACGAAGUCGAUCAAUAUAAAGAGGCGGAGGAUAUCGUGAAUCAACCCUAUAGAACAAGACCCAUUGUAAAACCUAGCAUUAAGCCCAACCCAGAUAAGGUCACCGGAUCAUUCUUAACCGGAGGAUUAGCUCAAGUUGGUGUUCCUCAUAGCAGGGGACAGACCCCUCAAGGAAAGUUUCAAGAAUAUCAGGAACGAUAUUCCAAUGAAUUAUCUCAAAUGAGAGGCUCUCAAGGAAAUAUAAUACUGGGCGCUCCGGGCUUCCAAGGUAAUCCUCCCAAUUAUCCUCAACAACAACAACAAAAUUAUCCUCAAUCCCAACAACAACAACAACAACAACAACAAACCCAAUAUUGGUCAGGGGGACGCCCAUCUCCAUAUUCUCAAAAUGGAUCUCGAAUGAUAAAGGACAAUCCAAAAAUAAUCGAGAAAAAUCUUCAAUUCGGAAAAUUAUUUGACAAAAAUAAUAUUUAAUUUUACUUUAUAUAUAUUAAAAAAAUUAUAUUUAUUAUUUGCGGAUAGUUUCAAAAUUUAUUUAGUGUGUGAAUAAUUACUACAAUUCAUUUUAUUUUUGAUAAACAUAAUUCACAAAUACGCUCUUGUCAAUUUUACCAAUAA